AUGAUAUCUGCCUCCUCUUCCUCUCCAGUCUCAAAACUACUACUCCUCCUCACGCGGCGGCGCCGCUCUCUCUCUCCCUAUUCGACCUUACCCCCGUUCUCUUCCAAAACCCUGAUCCACCACAUCUCCAACGCCUUCCUCCAAAACAACCCCAAACUCUUAAACCCUCAUUUUCUCUCCAAAUUACAACCCCACCACCUCCAUCCCAUCCUCCUCUCCCUUCAAUCCAACCCCGUUUCCGCCCUCCGCUUCUUCGACUGGUCCCACGGCUCCCUCGGCCUCCACCACUCCCCGCAGUCCUUCUGUGACCUCAUUCACCUGCUGCUCCGCAACCGGAUGCUCGCUCCGGCUUCCCGCCUUUUCGACACAAUGGUAGGUCAGUUCGGGUCUCAGUUUGACUAUUUUGCUGCAUUUUCUGAUUGUUUUCGGAAUCACAGUUCCGAUGUUAGUCUUGUUUCUAGCUUUCUGAUUGAGAAUUUUUGUCGAAAUGGGAUGUUGGAUUCGUCUGUUGAUACCUUCAUUCGUACGUAUAAAUUGGGUGUUCGGGUGUCUCCUUAUGCGUUGUCUAGAAUGCUGAAUUGUUUGGUUGAUGCGAAUCGCGUCGACAUGAUUCUCGAUGCGUAUGGAGAAAUCUGUAGUGCAUUGAGAGGACAACAUUUUUGUGCGUAUGAGUUUAUUAUGGUUGGUCUUCUGAACAAGGGUAGAUUCGAAACGGGUUUGGAAUUUCAUUCUGCAUUGAUUGACAGAGGCUUUUCGCUUGACAUUGUUGCUUGUAACAAGAUUUUAAAACGUCUUUGUAAAGAAAAUCAGGUUGGAGAUGGUGAAGAUUUCUUUACGGUAUUGCUAACUGUUGGUCCGAAGCCAAAUGUGGUGACGUUUAGCACGAUGAUUAACGGGUAUUGUAAAGAUGGGAAAUUGGAAGAGGCAAAGAAGCUUUACAAGAUUAUGAUAGAGAAGGGCAGGAAAAUUCGAGGACGGGUGUUGGCUUUUCUCAGCGGCGUUGGAUGGUGGGAUUAA